UGAGAAUAAAAACUAGGGUUCGUACUCAUUCGCCAGAUUUGAGGUCUGACACAAACUUUUUCUAUAUUUUUAUUACUCGAAAGAUUUUCUCCAUGCAGAUAAAAGUUUAUCCAGAAGCCACUUUUGCUUACAAUUUCACUUUUACCACCACGUAGCCAUUGUUCAGAAAUCACUCAACACCUGUCCACCACAUGUCAACCAGUAGUAAAGCCCCCAACACGCACAGUUAUUAUCUCCUCAAUCCUGCUGUAACUUCAGUCUUUAUCACAAACAAUAUCAUCGCACCGUUUUCAAAUCCAUGUUCUGACUUCUGAGAGGGAGAGAGCUAACGACUCGGUUUUGUUUAGUGAGAAAACAUCGAUCAUAGGUUCAUUACUGUCGAAAAUGGCUCCGAAGCGCCGCUCAUCAUCCAGGUUGAUGGUGAAGACCACCAAGCAAGUUGUCAAGGAAACUGUUGAAGUCUCUGUGGUCCAAAGAAAGAAGAGGCAGAAGAAAGUGAAUGAUGAUGAACUACAAAAGUCACCCAAUAGUACAAUUGACAUCGAAACCAAAGAAGAAAACCAGACCGAGAAAGUUGAAGUCUUGGUUGACCAAAAGCCAGCCAGGAUUGUUGCCUUUGAAAGCCAAGAAGAAAAUGAAACCCCAACUGGUGAAGACAAAGGGCCAGUCAAGGUUGUUGCCAUAGAAACCGCACAAGAACAAGAAGGUGCGACUCCAAAUGUUGAAGAGACACAGCCAGAGGAAAAAGACACAGAUCCAACUGACAAAGAGCCAGUCAGCAAGGAUGUUGCCAUGGAAACUGAACAAGAACAAGAAGAAAGUGAAACGCAAAACUUUGAAGAAGAUAGAGAGCAGGCCAAGACUAUUUCCAUGGAUAUCCACGAAGAUAGUGGAACACAAAAUUUUGAAGACAAAAAACCAAAGGUUAUGACUCCUGAGAAGAAAGACGACAACCAAGCAUCCAAGGGUGAAGAGGAGAAGAGUGAUGAUGUCAAGCAGAUCGGAGAAGGAGGGGAGAAGAAAGAAAAGAAGAGAAAGAGGAGAUCAACAGGGAAGAAUAGAGAGGGAGGAGAGGGGUAUAAGAGGUAUGUGUAUAAAGUGUUGAAGCAGGUGCACCCUGAACUGGGGAUGUCAGCAAAGGCCAUGGUGGUUCUCAACAAUUAUAUGAAUGACAUGUUCGACAGGCUAGCUGAUGAGGCAGCAAAGCUGGCCAUGUACACGGCGCGAAAGACGCUGUCUUCGAGGGAGAUUCAAGGGGCAGUGAAGCUGGUUUUGCCUGGAGAGCUUGGGAAACAUGCCAUGGCGGAAGGGACCAAGGCUGUGAGCAACUACUUGUCCAAGAAUGCAGCAAGGUCCAAUAAGUAGUCUCUAAUUUCAUUUUAAUUUGUUGGUGUUGUUGGUUUAUUUUGUAAAAUAGUGAGUUCCAUUCAGUGAAGUUGGUUUCAAUUGUUAUUUUCUUCUGCUUUCUGACUUGUGGAAUAUGGAAGGGAUAGCUAAGCAUGUACAUAUGACGGUUUGUAAA